AUGUGCUGUACCCAACGAGAGGACGCAGCUACCGAGCCGUGUUGUCAAAAUCAUCACCAUGGAGCGGACAAGGGCCACACUCAUGGUCCUGCUAAGGACGCCUCAGAUGAUGAAGACGGGCUCGACAAUCCGGGUCUGCCAGACGUAAAUACACCUCUCGGACCUAUAUUACAUGACAAAGAUAACAACAAAAUCUCUUAUAAUUCUUUGGAUCAUAAUCAAACGAUUUUUAGUUCGAAACUGAAAUGCGAGGCAAACCAUGUGAAUGAAUUCCCUACAGACAGUGCCUAUGCCUAUGAUGAUGCAGACACUUCCAGUGAUAGUGAUGAUGAUGAAAUGCUUAAAAGGUACCAGGUUUCUCUUGCUAGUCAAGCCCAAGUUGCAGGAACUAAUUUCAAGAAAGCACCCAGCAAUCAAAGCAUCAAGAGUAACAAGAGUACAAGGAGUUCUAAGAGUACAAAAAGCAACAAAAGCACAAAGAGUACAAAAAGCAAUGCUGAGUCCUUGAAGACUAGUCAGAAUGGUAGCUGUAAAGUUUCAAUAGAAGACAUCGGUUCAUUGAAAAAAAAAGAAUCAUCCCAAAAUAGUCUCUCAGACUCAGUGCCACCACCGCUGCCCCCAAGAGAUCAAGACAAACCAAAACCAAAGCCUAAAGAAUCUCCAUCCACCAGUGAGAAAGAUGGAGGUGCCACCAGUGAUGCUGAUUGUAUCAAACUGUUGUCAGCAGAACAAGCCAAAGCAGAAGAUGAGGUAAUUGCCAAAGAUGGUUCUACAGAAGUACCAUCAGUUUCAAAGAUUGAAGAACCAACAGAUGCAGAAGGUGUGGAUAAUCAGGCAUUUCAAGAAGAUGUAUCUUUAUCACAAUCUAUCAACAGUGAUGCUGCACAGUCUUUAGACAGUCCCUCUGAUGAUGCAUCUGCUGCAAGUAAUUACCAGUCUGAACUACAAGCAAAUGAAAGGGAACAUCUAUUUGAUAUUAGUGAUCUGCAUCAAGACCCACCUCUGAUAUCCAAGUGUGGUAACCUUGAAGUGACCUUUUUGUAUAAUGCUGAACAAGCACGCAUGACAAUAACUAUAUUACAAGCUCGAGAUAUUCCAAGCAAGGACAGGGGUGGGGCUAACAAUGCACAAGUUCGGUUACUUCUGUUGCCAACUAAGAAACAGCGACAUAAAACAAAAAUUAAACCUGGUGAUAACCCAGAAUUUGGAGACCAGUUUCAAUUUAAUAAGAUUCAAAAAGAGGAUCUGAUGAACAUGGGAGUGAGGUUUCGACUUUAUGGUUGUGAAAGAAUGAGACGUGAACGAAUGAUAGGAGAGGCAGUUAUUGGAUUUGCAUCAUUGAAUCCUGAUAUGGAAUCUACUCACUGGAUCAUUCUGGAGCCUCGUAGCAACCUCAGUCAGGCAGACUCACGUUUUGAUGUAUCAAGUCUUUCACGCAGUGAAAGUGGGUCAUCAACACAGUCUAUGCAACAUGGAGGAAUGCCAGAACUUUUUUUGGGACUCUCAUACAAUGGAACAACUGGACGCUUAAUGGUUGAAGUAGUCAAAGGAAGUAACUUCCGAAACAUGGCAAUGAAUAGAGCACCAGAUACUUAUGUAAAACUUACAUUGAUGUCUCCAACUGGUAAAGAACUGACUCGGAGUAAAACUUCAAUACGUCGAGGUCAGCCCAACCCUCUGUUUCGGGAGACAUUUGUCUUCCAGGUAGCCCUAUUCCAAUUACCUGAAGUGACACUCAUGGUAUCAGUCUAUAACAAAAGAAGUAUGAAACGCAAAGAAAUGAUUGGAUGGUUCUCAUUAGGAAUGAAGAGUAGUGGAGAAGAAGAACAAAGUCAUUGGAAUGAUAUGAGAGAAAGCAAAGGUGAACAAGUUCAGCGUUGGCAUGUGCUCCUUGAAUCCUAA